AUGGCUGUCGCUCACUACUUCCUUAGAUAUGCAAUUGCAGCCGCGCUCUUCGCCGUUGCCGCCGAUGCCUUCUGCCAGACCCCGGGCGCCUGCUUCCCGCUCGCCGCCAACAACAUCUGCGGCUCUAGCUUUGUCGGCUAUGGCAUCAACAGUCUCUACUUUGACGAGUUCCCGGCCACGGGCGUCAACACCGACACCUUCAACCAGGUCAUGAUCCAGCGCUACGAAACCAUCAGCGUCGUCGCCGACAACUUCAUCUCCAACAAGGGCUGCUCGGCCUCGGCCUCGUCCUUCAUCUCCCAAAACUUCCGCUACCAGCUCUCGUUCUGCUGCUCGUGCCCGCCUCCGGCCGGCAGCCCCGUCCACGGCCCGGCCCUGUGCACGGCCCAGUGCCAGAUUGCCACUGCGAGCGUCCAGUCGCUCCUCAACGACCCGACCACUUGUCCUGCCACCUCCAACACGACGCAGUCGCAGGGCCGGACCACGACCCUGGGCACCUUCCAGACGUACUGCUCGACGACGGCCCCGGCGGACCUGGCGACGCCGAAUGGCGGGCCGUGCUAUGCAGGCGUGGACCAAGACGUCCAGUUCUGUGGCUUCCUCGAUGCCACGGACAUGGCCAACGGAUGUAGCUCGCUACCGAAUGACCCCCUGCUGUGCUUCCCGAGUUUCAGGCCAUCCGACAAACGGCACCGGCGGUCACCACAUCGGCACCAACCACACCAUCGCCCUCAGUCCCCAACGGAACCCAAGCAACAUUGGUUUAAUCUGCGGGGUCAUUGUCGGCGCCCUCGUAUUGCUCGGAGUCAUUGUCGGGUUCUUGGUCCAGAAACGGUCGCCGAGCCUCCCGAGACCCGAUGUAUGUGCAACAUCCACCGAGAGCCUAACAUACAGCAGUACUUGCAAGAUCAACGACACAAGCAAGACAUGGAAGCCAGCGGCACGUAUUCCUCUCCAAGAGGUCGACUAUUCCGAAAUCGAAUGGCCACCAAUGGCCUCAAUGACUCGCUUCGAUCUCCCCUUCCAACUGCCUCUAUGCAUAAUUCCUCUCCUGCUUCUGGAAAGCAGUCCCCGUAUGUUCGACCCACCCGAGAGUACACGCCUACUCCUCCACCCCCGCCGCUCCCCCCAAAGAUGAGGUCCCCAGCCCCGCAAGCUACGGAUUCCGGAUCACCAGGCCCGCCGCCCCAAGGACCCGGUCUCCAACUCAAGCUGCCCCAACAGCGGUAUCGACCGAGCCGCCGCCCCAAUCAUCAAGCUGCCCGGGCCCGUCCAGCAGCGGUCGCACGAGAGCUUCCCCCGCCUGCUGCUAAACCUUACACAGCUCCACCUCCGGUCCGGAUCGGCCCAGGUCGCGAUUCGCCACAGCAUCCCGAGCCGACUGUGGUGAAGGUGGUUCACCCAUAUGUCCCCAGCAUCAGCGACGAGCUGGCUCUGAGUGGCGUCUUCCCUCUCAUCUGCACACUCCCUCCCGAGGACUAUGCCGCGCUUCCUCCAAAACUCGGUGACCGAGCGGGCUCGUACAGUUCCCUGGGCGAGCUGAGCCGUCCUGACCAAAUCUCAUCGCGGCAUGUCAUCGCGUCUGUUGACGAUGAGGAUCCGCCCAUCCGUGCUCCCUUCACAUCCAGCCACUGCAUGAGCUCGGUGAUGGGUAGGCCCCAGUGAGCAAGCCGUGAGAUUGUUUCCCGUCCUGGUGUUAAUCGCGUUGCUGAUGGUUUGGGAAGCAUACACUUUAUUCAGAAAAAACGGGACAAUAUAGCCGUU